UUAAGAUUACAUACUGAAAGCUAUCCAAGGAUUUAGAACUCGUAACCAAUAAUAAACAGGAGUAGUUUGUUUAUGAAGUUAUAGAUUUAAUGAAGUGCAAUGGAUUUCUAUAGUGUUUCUACAAGAUAUUCAUCUUUAUAAUUAUUGUUUACUGCAACUUAAAUCAAAAUGGCUGGUGAUAGAAUUGUUCCUUGUCCAGAAUUUCAAUUUUCGACUACUGCUUGUUAUAUCUGCAAUGGAUAUUAUGGCCCAUGUUUCGAAGAACCUGUUUGUGCAACAUGUCACGCAUUCUUAUUUCCCAACGAUAUUGGAUUAUUUCAAGUUCCAAUAUUUAGCGAGAAAACAGAUGAUGAAGAUUCAGGCAACGACGAACCAACAGAUCUUUAUUAUAAUCAUGAACGAAGAACUAGCCAGCAACAACAAAAUUCUCCACAAAAUGUGAAUAAUUCCAAUGUGUCUAAUAAUCAUAAUGUACCCGUUAACAAUAUUAAUAAUUUUCCUAAUGUGGAAGCAUUUCGAGUUGAUUAUGGACAGAAUUUGGAACACGUACAACAAUAUCAACAUUGUCAGGAUAAUAAUUGUAGACAGUACGAAGAAGUUGGAGAACCAUCUAGCCCUUAUAAUUUGUCAGAAAGAUUAGAAAUGUUGACAAAUCCUAAGCAUAUCGAACAUGAACCUAUCAAUGAGCCCGGUCUUGUAGAAAGUUUACCACCGGAAGUUCUAUUAGCUGUAUUUUCUCAUCUCGACGAUGUAAGUCUUUGGUCAGCUGCAAAUGUUUGUCGCAGAUGGUGUGGUUUAUUAUCGACACAUUUGACACCACAACAGUGGCAACAAAAUGUAAAAAUGCGUUGGCCUUUAUAUAGACCUAUUGGAUGCGUUAACAAUUGGUACAAAGUGUACGAUCAACUUGCUUCUUCUGCACCAUGUAGAACAUGUUUAGCUCAAACUUCAUUACGAACUAGAGCACCGAGAAUGGAAGAAUAUUAUUGGAGGCGAAAUAGAUUACUCAGCGAAUUGAAAAGUUUAAGAAUGGAUCCUCCGGAAGGUAUAGAAGCUACGCCGUUGGAUCAAAUGUGUUGUCACUGGCAGGCUACGAUUACUGGACCAGUGGGUAGUCCCUAUGAGGGAGGAUUGUUUUAUUUGUAUUUACAAGUACCGUAUAGUUAUCCAAUGUGUCCACCAGUUGUAAGAUUUCUCACAAAAAUACUACAUCCAAAUGUCUCAAGACAUGGAGAUGUUGGAAUAGAUUCUAUACAUCAUAAUUGGUCUCUGGCUCUUACCAUAUCAAAGGUGCUUAUAAGCGUGCAAAGUUUACUCACGGAUCCAUAUUGUCAGGUAUGUAUGGAGCCGGAAUUAGGUGAAAUGUAUAUGAACGACCGUGAAAAAUUUGAAGAAGUAGCUAGGGCAUGGACGUGGAGGUACGCGAUGCACGACGUUAUAACACCAUCUUAAUGUAUAACCAAAUAAUAAAAUAUUAUCUACAUAA